AUGAAUGUGAGUGAAUUCCGAAGGAGAGGAAAAGAGAUGGUGGAUUAUGUGGCCAAUUACUUGGAAGGCAUCGAGGGACGCCAGGUCUACCCCGAUGUGGAGCCCGGCUACCUGAGGCCUCUGAUUCCCCCGACCGCCCCCCAGGAGCCGGACACAUAUGAGGACAUCAUCAAUGACAUUGAGAAGAUAAUCAUGCCGGGGGUGACCCAUUGGCACAGCCCCUACUUCUUCGCCUACUUCCCCACGGCCAGCUCAUACCCAGCCAUGCUCGCGGACAUGCUGUGCGGGGCCAUCGGCUGCAUUGGCUUCUCCUGGGCUGCAAGCCCAGCGUGCACAGAGCUGGAGACUGUGAUGAUGGACUGGCUCGGGAAGAUGCUGGAGCUGCCAGAGGCAUUUUUGGCUGGCAAAUCUGGAGAAGGGGGAGGAGUGAUCCAGGGAAGUGCCAGUGAAGCCACUCUGGUGGCCCUGCUGGCUGCUCGGACCAAAGUGAUCCGCCAGCUGCAGGCAGACUCCCCAGAGCUGACGCAGGCUGCCAUCAUGGAGAAGCUGGUGGCCUACUCAUCCGAUCAAGCUCACUCCUCAGUGGAAAGAGCCGCGCUGAUCGGCGGCGUGAAAUUAAAAGCGAUCCCUUCAGACGGCAACUUUGCCAUGCGCGCUUCUGCCCUGCAGGAGACCCUGGAGAGAGACAAGGCGGCUGGCCUGAUCCCAUUCUUUGUGGUUGCUACAUUGGGGACCACGACUUGCUGUUCUUUUGACAAUCUCUUAGAAGUGGGUCCUAUUUGCAACAAGGGGGACUUGUGGCUGCACAUUGACGCCGCCUACGCAGGAAGUGCAUUCAUCUGCCCCGAGUUCCGGCACCUUCUGAAUGGAGUGGAGUUUGCAGAUUCAUUUAACUUUAAUCCUCACAAAUGGCUUUUGGUGAAUUUUGACUGUUCUGCCAUGUGGGUGAAGAAGAGGACAGACUUAACAGGAGCCUUUAAACUGGACCCUCUUUACCUGAAGCACAGCCACGAGGACUCUGGGCUCAUCACUGACUACAGGCACUGGCAGCUACCACUGGGUCGAAGAUUCCGCUCUUUGAAAAUGUGGUUUGUCUUUAGGAUGUAUGGAGUCAAAGGACUGCAGGUGUAUAUCCGCAAGCAUGUCCGGCUGGCUCACGAGUUUGAGUCACUGGUGCUCCAGGAUCCCCGCUUUGAAAUCUGUGCAGAAGUCAUUCUGGGGCUUGUCUGUUUUCGGCUCAAGGGUUCCAACAAACUGAACGAAGCUCUUCUGCAAAGGAUAGGCAGUGCCAAAAAAAUCCACUUGGUGCCAUGUCACCUGAGAGACAAGUUUGUGCUGCGUUUUGCCAUCUGCUCUCGCACCGUGGAAUUGGCCCACGUGCAGUUCGCCUGGGAGCACAUCAGAGAGCUGGCGUCCGACCUGCUGAGAGCAGAGAAGGAGUAAGAGCAGGCCAGCUGCAGAGAUCAAAAGUUGAAAAGAAGCAUGGCCGAAAACUGGAAUGAGAAGAAAAUAGGUACCAUCCUGGUUACAGGGGACCCAGCCUGCGUGGCCUUGCAUGUAUUUCUUCAGUUACCCAGAGGCUUGUGAUUAUGUGAUUAUGUCUUGUCAAUGCAGAAAUAUGAUUUGCUGUAUGAAAAAUUAACCCAGUGACCAUAGCUCUUAUUCAUUAUUGGGCUUUGAUUUUUGUUGAUUAAAAAAAUUGUAGGUUUUCAUGCUCUUGAUGACAUCAAUGGUGGCAGGAAAGGCUUAUUGAGUUAUUUUCC